UAUUUGUGUCAUAUUAAAUAUACAGUAGAUGCAAGGUGUGAUUUCAAACAGAAUAUGGUGCUUUGUUCAUUGGGACAAAUAUUAGUAUAACCAGUUUCCUCAGGUGCAAAUAGCAAUAUCUACCAGCGCAUUCAUUUGUUCAUGUUUGUAUUUCUUGAGUUCCGUUAUGUUGACAUGCAUGGUACAGAAAUGUUUAAAUAGCGUAUGGUGCAGCGCAGUAUUUCACCGUGCUUCUUUGGAAACAAAGUGACCAUGGCGUUCAAACUGAUCCUUGUCCUGUCGAUUUUCGCAUCUUUUGCUGUUGACGCCCUGGAUUGGAAAAACUGUGACGACACUUCCCCUGUAAGGAUCGCUGAUGUAAGGCUCCCCUCACGUCCUCUGAGGCUUGAGAAAAGUUCAAAAACUGCUUCUAGAGUCGCACGGGCUGCUGGAUCGCGGUACAAAAUUGGCGUGACCUUUUGGAAAGAUGGACGACAACUCCCGUGUUUGAAACGGUGCACUCGCAACGUUGGAUGUGCCGAGAUUAAGAAGUUCUUUAAAGGAGCACAGUGUCCUAUGAAGCAUGGCAGCUACGUCGCCAUUGUGAAAAGGGAAAUUCUGCCCUGGUCUGAUGUUCCAUUAUUCAUGAAGAGUGGAAAAUACAAGAUGAGAGCAGAUCUGAGAGAUAGAAACAAACGUGUUGCAUGCCUAGAAGCAGACGUUGAGAUACCUACCUACCUAUCCUUUCUAUGCCGAGUGGCACGUAAGGCCUCCUCACUCUGCAGCCCACAAAACAUGCAAUCCGGUGCAACGCGCACCUCGCUCCUCCAUCCAGCUAUUUUCCUCUCUUUCUUUGCUGCCCUCCUCAAUGCUGUUUUGGGGGGAUACCGUUGAGAAGGGACGUUGAGAGAGGUUGCUGUUAUGAGAAGUGAAGCCAACACGUCCAGACGUAGUCUUGAGAGGAGAGAAAUACAAUAAAAUGGUGAAUCAAAAAACA